UUCGGUAUAAAGUCCAAUAGAAAAACGAAAAUCAUCAUAUAUGGUAUAUAGGCAGAGGUAAUUCCUGAGCCGAUUAAGCUCAUUUUCAUCACCAACAUACUUUAUAUCUAAGAGCUAAGAUAUUUCAUAUAUUAACCGAUUUAUAAGCUAUUAAGCCCAUCGUAUUUUUGAAAAUCCUAUAAUUAGCUAUAUAAGAGCUAGGGGAACUUAUGACCUGAUUUUAACCAUUUCUGAUGCAGAGGCACACUAUUAGAAGAAAAUGAUUUCCUCUGAAUUAAAUUAAGAUUUCGACAGUUUUUUUACAAGUGAUGCCACGGACUCCACAAUAUCUCUACCAGACGAACGUAAAUCGUACGUCUUUGUCGCAGAGUUGCAUUUGAUUUUAAAUUCAAUUUAAAAUAAAUUGAGAUUUUAUUUUGUAUCGUAAAUCGAUAUUAAUAAGCGUUUAAAUCGAGAGCGGCCGGUAAGUUAAAUUGAUCUGUCUUAAAAACGCUAUAAGGUUUGAUAUUAUCAACUCACCCAUCAGAUGUGCCCUUGCCUUCCAAGACCAUUUUGUGCAGUUAUAUUCCUUUAAAAUACGCUGCAGCACCCAGUUAAGCAUAGUACCGCUCUGUAAAGAGAAAAUUUACUAUAAAUAUAAAAUAAUAUCAGUAACAAAUUAUUACAUCCACUCACUUCAAAUUUUCUUGUCAUAUGAAUGGCGGCGAUUUUGAACGGUUCAUUGUAGUACGUGCAUUUCUCUCUUAUACAUACAAAAAUUAGGGUUAAUGUAACUACCGAGGUUGCCAUUUAACUACAAAAAGUUACUAUUGUGUAUGUGCUGGUAAAAGCUGAAAAACUUUGCAUGUGGUGUAUGAGUUAGCUCCGUCUUUUAGGGUAUACCUAAUAACAGGUUUUUCAAAAAUUUGGUGGGCUUUAUACCUUAUAAAUCGGUUAGAAUGUGGAAUAUCUUAGCAAAAUGAAGUGAGCGUAUAGUCUUGGUUAUAGUAUAUCUUGGUAGUGAAAAUGAGUGAAAUCGGGUCAGUAAGUACCUCAGCCCACAUAUACUAUUUAUGAUGAUUUUCGUUAUUCUAUUGUACUUUAUGCCGAAUAUAUGGGUCAAAUUGUGUUAUCUUAAUAAAAUUUCAUCAAUUAAUUGCGAGAGUAUAAAAUGCUCGGUGACACCCGAACUUAGCCUUUCCUUACUUGUUUAAAUUGUAUAUGUACUACGCAUGUGUUUGAAAAAAUUUGACGUAUUAAAACUCCUUUUUUUGAUUCGUAUUCAUAAUAACAAUUUUGCGUUUGUGUUUUUUUUUUGUAGAAGUUAAUAUUCGAAAUAUAGGUUUAAAGGGUAAGAUUUGCUUUAUCGAUGAAAGAGUGUUAUAUCGAAAAAUGCCAUAGAAACAAAUUUACCGCAAUUGUAGAUACAUAACCGUUAUGUUCACGCAUAUGUAUUAAUUUCACCGUAUUAGUGUGUAUUAAAAAAUAUUUGGUAAUGCUAGCCACUUUGUCAAAAGGAUACAUUUUGAGGUUUACUUACCUUUACAUUUGUGGUUGCUUUGAAUAACAAUUACUAACCCUCCAAUGAUUGGUGACACUGUCGAAAGAGUGAAGAAUAUUUAUAUAUUUUAAAAUUGAUUUGCUAGUAUAUACACACAAGAAAAAAAUAACGUCAGAAGUACUUCUUAAUUAAGCGGAAGUUCAUAAUUGUGAAAUUAUGAGUAGAGAUAACUCUCCUAUAAAUAAUAGUGGUUCGUCAUCUGAGACGAGUGAGACUCAGAGUGUUGAAGAUAAUAAAACUUUUUCGGAUUCUAAACUCACAAGAAAUCUAGCUUCGCCAAACAGGAUUUUUAAAAGCCAAAAACGUAUGAAAGAUUUUGGAAGCAAUCAAAGUGGGGACAAAGAUGGGGACACUAAAAGACCACCUUGGAGGGCGGUAAGUGUUUCGACCUUACCCAAACCGGAUAAGAAUGCAAUACUGAAAGCAAAACUUCUUGACGCCACGAGUCCAGGGGUAUACGAAAUUAUCUACGACUUCAAAGUUAUGACUGUCAACAGUGACGUCAACAGACGCGAAUGCGCCGACUUGCGCCGACUUUGCUUGAUGACAGGAGAUAUUUCGUCAUGUCCUCAUUCACCUACAGACCCAUUGGCUUCGCCUCCUUAUCCAUGCGGGAAAAAGCAGAACAAACGGCGCGGUUGCUGCUUCCGAUGAUAUCAACCUCUUUUCACGGGUCUUCUCCAAGAUUUGGCGCAUGAUGAAUAUCUGGUCAGUUGUGGAUUUUCAUGGUCUAAAGCCACACUGAUAAGGUCCAAUCAGUUUGUUGACGGUGGUCUUUAGUCUUUCACACAAUACGCUCGAUAGAACCUUAUAGGCGAUAUUUAGGAGGCUUAUCCCACGGUAAUUGGCACAGAAUGUGGGAUCUCCCUUUUUAUGGAUUGGGCAGAGCACACUGAGAUUCCAAUCGUCAG